AUGACGGUUGGGGCCUCACGAAACAUCACCGGCCACCAUCGCCGGCGGAGCUCCAUCCUAACAGCAGCCGGCCCUUCACAGCUUCAUGCUGCGCCUGUCGAAAAUUAUGUCGAAAGAGAAGGGCGCUUAAGCCCCAGGGAAGACGGCCCCAAGGGCGAAGACCAGAGGUCGCUUACUAACGAGGAUACCGAUUCCUCUGAUCUAUCAUCCAUCGCCGAAUCACUCGACGGCGACUCUGAUGAUGCAUUGAACGAUGAUGAAGAGACCGGCUUGACAGCAAAGCAAAGAAACGACCGACGACGGCGGAGGAAGAAACAACGGAAGCGGCUUGAUGCCAAAAUCGCCGGCGUCAAGUCCAAAACAAGCAAUGUGGUCGCGGAUAAGAACGUCGCCAGGAGGCUGACAAUAAAUGCCUGCUUGAUUGGCCUGUGGUAUUUGUUUUCGCUGGCAAUCUCAAUAUAUAACAAAUGGAUGUUCUCAGAAGACGAGGUCGUCUUCCCUUAUCCGGUCUUUACAACCAGCCUUCACAUGCUUGUCCAGUUCACACUCGCCGCGCUCGUUCUCUACUUCAUCCCUACUCUCCGUCCAAAAUCUCCGCCAACGGCAGCUUCUAACGAACCUCUCAUGACCAAGAUGUUUUACCUAACACGCCUAAUUCCAUGCGGCACCGCCACGUCUUUGGAUAUCGGCCUGGGCAACAUGUCCCUAAAAUAUAUUUCCCUUACCUUUCUCACCAUGUGCAAGUCAUCGGCACUCGCCUUUGUCCUUCUCUUUGCUUUUAUCUUUCGUCUAGAGUCACCAUCGGUAAAACUGAUAAUUGUUAUCGGCACAAUGACCGUAGGUGUUAUCAUGAUGGUUGCGGGAGAAACGGCUUUUGAUGUGCGAGGCUUUGCAUUAGUUAUCGCUUCGGCCUUUUUCUCUGGCUUUAGAUGGGGCCUUACUCAAAUCCUUUUACUCCGGAACCCCGCAACCUCCAACCCAUUCUCCACCAUGUUCUUCCUCACCCCUAUCAUGUUUUUCUCCUUGAUGGCCAUUUCCCUCAGUAUUGAGGGACCACACGAUAUUGGCGAUGGAUUGAACACUUUGAUCAACUCUCACGGAUCCUUGCAUGCGUCGCUACUUCUCAUCUUUCCAGGAGCGUUAGCGUUCUGUAUGAUAGCGUCCGAAUUUGCGUUGCUCCAACGAUCUUCAGUCGUCACCCUGAGUAUCUGCGGAAUCUUCAAAGAGGUUGUGACGAUCAGCGCCGCGGGCGUCAUUUUCCACGAUAAAUUGACGCCCAUCAAUGUGUCUGGCCUCCUUGUGACUAUUGCAAGCAUUGCGACGUACAACUACAUGAAAAUUAGCAAAAUGCGAUCUGAAGCCCGCGACGAAAUCGAUCCGGAGCCAGAGGUUGAGGAAUAUAGCAUCUCGCCGGUCACUGAGGCUCCAAACCGACAGCGUCCUAUACCAAACUAUGGACUUGGCCUAGGACUCGGCACUCGCGACGGCGAAAACCGAGGAGCUUACCAGUCCGUCCCUAAUGAUACGCUUGAUCCCUACCCGCAGAGUGGUGGAGAGGGCGACGAGAACGUGAACAUAACUCCGAGAAACGAUGUUCGUCGUGGUCGAUAUUCAUUCCCUGUACAUGUCAGUGGCACCUUAGCUGCCCCAGGAGGGCCAUUAGGUCAGCAGCCACAACACCCUACACCAUCGACGAACGUGGAAGAUGAAGCAUAG